UGAACUGCGACUUACGGCCAAACAUGGCGCCCCGCAGUUGAGGCUGGUGAAGGAAGCGGGUGUCGAACUGCAACCUGUUCGCGUGGGCUCUCCUCUCACUCGCGGUGCCGUGCAGCAGCUCUCGCUCUCUCUGAGCCCCGGGGCGUGAGCAGCGGGUGGCGGCCGGUGAGCAGACAUGGCGGCGCAGGGAGGCAUCUUGUUCCAGGAGAAGGUCAGCAGGCUGCUCAGCGGACACAACGGGAAACCGGUCCUGAAACCGAACCGGACUCUGGCUCUGAAAGACGAGGUGGCGAACCGCAAGCUCAAGAAGGGAGAGGCCACCUGUAUCACAGAGAUGUCCGUCCUGAUGGCCUGUUGGAAGCAGAACAACUUUGUGGACGGUCUGUGCUCCAGUGAGAUGAGCUCCUUCUACUCUUGUGUGGAGAAGGCUCAGGCUGCGAUGAAGGGUCGGUCUGAGCAGAGCGGCCUCCAGGGAGGACGCCUGCACCCGAAACAAGCCACCACCCUUCUGAAGAGAUAUCCCAACCUGCGCAAGGAGAUCUAGGAUGAGACUUUAAACGCUUUAACACAGACCUGAAAUGUGCAGGAUGUGGUCAGCUACUGUAUGACUCAACGACGUGAUGCCAUAUACAUGUGUUUAAUAAAUAAAUGAGCAGAAACCAACCGCACUGCACCACUC